GCCUACUCUGCAAAAGCGGGAGAGGAUUAAAACAGCCGGAGGAGAAGGACGCAAUUGUACUCCGUCUCGUACUGAAGGAAGAACAGACCGUGGGCUUUCUAUCGAAAUCAACGCGAGAGCAAAUCACCAAACGCAGGUUGAGCUAGGUAGUAAGCAGAGUUCAGACAGGUAGCUCAUUCAUCGGAGGCACAGGUGUAGGGAGAUGAAGUAUUCCUUUUCAAUUCAGGUAUUACCCAUGGAAGGGGGACCGACUGAGGCAGUUGUAGAAGAGGCAGGAGAUGCUUUCAAGGCCAAGGAAUGUAAGACAUACCAAAGGAGGCGGGAGGAUGAAGAGGUUGGAGCUGAGCUACUGCAGGCUGCUGGGUUAGAGCAAGUCCAGGCCGAAGAAGAGUCUGUAGUGGAGGCCCAGCAACAACUUGUUGAGGGAGUAGUUAAUGUCAACAGCAGUGUGGAGAUGAUGGUGAUGGAGACCCUGGACCCUGCCCUGCUUCAGAUGAAGACCGAAGUCAUGGAGGCUGCUGUUGGAGCACCUGUUGUGACUGGUGCGGCCCAUGAAGCCACGGUUACCACUGUUGAUGACACUCAGAUCAUCACCCUGCAGGUGGUGAACAUGGAGGAGCAGCAGUUGGGCUUGGGAGAGCUCCAGCUGGUGCAGGUGCCUGUCUCUGCUGUGCCUGUCACUGCAGCCACUGUAGAAGAGCUGCAGGGGACGCUGGUGGAUGCCACCUCCAUGCCUAAAGAUGGAGAGCCAGUCAUCUGUCACACACUGCCAUUACCUGAGGGCUUUCAGGUGGUCAAGGUGGGUGCUAAUGGAGAGGUGGAGACAGUGGAGCAAGAUGAGCUCCAGGCCCAAGAGGAGCAGCCUCAACAGCAGGAGGAGGAGGAGAUGGCCGAAGCCCAAAAUGAUGACCCCACAUGGGCCAAAGAUCCAGACUACACACCCCCUGUUAAAAAGACCAAGAAGACAAAGAAAAGCAAGCUGCGCUACAACACAGAUGGAGAUAAAGACAUGGAUGUGUCUGUGUAUGACUUUGAGGAGGAGCAACAGGAGGGACUGCUCUCUGAGGUCAAUGCUGAGAAAGUUGUGGGCAACAUGAAGCCGCCCAAACCAACCAAAAUUAAGAAGAAAGGUGUUAAGAAGACAUUCCAGUGUGAGCUGUGCAGUUACACUUGCCCACGACGUUCCAACCUGGACCGCCAUAUGAAGAGCCACACGGAUGAGAGGCCUCACAAGUGCCAUCUGUGUGGACGAGCCUUCAGAACUGUCACAUUGCUGAGGAACCACCUCAAUACUCACACAGGCACCAGACCCCACAAGUGCACUGACUGCGACAUGGCCUUUGUCACCAGUGGAGAACUGGUGCGACACAGACGCUACAAGCACACCCACGAGAAACCCUUCAAGUGCUCCAUGUGUGACUAUGCCAGCGUGGAGGUUAGUAAGUUGAAGCGCCACAUUCGCUCCCACACCGGAGAGCGUCCGUUCCAAUGCAGCUUGUGCAGCUAUGCCAGCAGAGACACCUAUAAGCUUAAGAGACAUAUGAGGACCCACUCAGGAGAGAAGCCCUAUGAGUGCUACAUCUGUCAUGCACGAUUCACCCAGAGUGGCACCAUGAAAAUGCACAUUCUGCAGAAGCACACAGAGAAUGUGGCGAAGUUUCACUGCCCCCAUUGUGACACAGUUAUUGCCCGCAAGAGUGAUCUCGGUGUGCAUCUCCGUAAGCAGCAUUCCUACAUUGAGCAGGGCAGGAAGUGCCGUUACUGUGAUGCAGUUUUCCAUGAGCGCUAUGCUCUCAUCCAGCAUCAGAAGUCCCACAAAAACGAGAAACGAUUCAAGUGCGACCAAUGUGACUACGCUUGCCGUCAGGAGCGUCACAUGGUCAUGCACAAGCGCACUCAUACUGGAGAGAAGCCAUACGCAUGCAGCCAAUGUGAGAAAACCUUCCGGCAGAAACAGCUCCUGGACAUGCACUUCCGGCGUUACCAUGACCCCAACUUUGUACCCACCUCCUUUGUAUGCACCAAAUGCGGCAAGACCUUCACUCGCAGGAAUACCAUGGCCAGGCAUGCUGAAAACUGCACUGGUAUAGAUUCUGGUGAUGGAGAAAAUGGAGCUCCACCCAAAAGAGGCCGUGGGGGCAGAAAGAGGAAGAUGCGCUCUAGAAAGGAUGAUGAUGAUGAAGAUGACAGUGAUGAGCAUGGAGAGCCUGAUUUGGAUGAUAUUGAUGAAGAGGAUGAGGACGAUGAGGAGCAUCUUGAAGAACAACAUAUUAUGGUAGAACAGGCUCCACCCAGCAUUCCCAUCCCUGCUCUAGUUGAGCCUCCUGUAAAGAGGAAACGUGGCAGACCCCCCAAGAAUGCACCCAAGGCCUCUCCUACCAAGCCUGCUGCCAAAACCAUUGCAGAAACUGCUGCAAUUAUUCAGGUGGAGGAUGAAAGCACAGGGGCUAUUGAGAACAUCAUAGUGAAGAAGGAACCAGAGGGCUCUGAUGCAGCUGCAGCCCAGCCAGUGGUGGUGUCGGAGGUGGAGGCAAUUGAGGCGGAAAUAGAAACAGUGCAGAUAGCUGUCCCUGAAGCUGCACCUAAUGGCGACCUUACUCCUGAAAUGAUCCUUAGCAUGAUGGACCGGUGAUCUGUGGAUGUGUAUACACAUCUUGCAUAAAUAUAUCCCCUUACAUGUCCCUAUACACAUGCUCACUUUUCUCUCUUCACUUCCUUAUAGACCACACCUCUUCAUUUCUUGUGUUCUCAUUUUAGUCCUCAAAGUCUUUCAUCAUAUUUCAUAAAACUUCAUAUUCAAAUUUCUAUUGUCCAUAAAACCAAGUUUUUAACUUCCCAGAAUAACAUUUUGUCUUUUGAAAAUAUUUAGACUCAUGAGGAUCACAAAACCAUGCAUGGGUUUCUUCUUCCUCUCUAUUAUAGCAGUAGCUCAUCUGAUGAGUUCUUGCUGUCUGUACCGUGUACACGGAGAGGACUGCACAGUAUCUGACUAAACGUGGUCUACUACAUGCAUCUAGAUGUCUUUUUCCAGAUAACCUGCUGUGUUCUUUUGAUCUUUUAAAUCUGACAUUACUAUGGCAAUAUUGAGAAACUCAUUUUGUGCCUGGUCGAGCCUUGAUAUCUAGAAUCACUGUCACUGCUGUAGAAAUAGGCGUUUUAUUUUCUUUUUUUUUUUUUUUUUUUUUUU